UUACUCGUUCCUUUAUGAAUCGAGUGAUCGAACGGUGCGUCGAGCACAUGUAACUCGGACGAACGUGCACUGUGUCAAUUGGUUUACGUGAACGUAUUGUUAACGGAGCAUCGGAUGCGUUUCUGGGAUUUCACACGACGAGAACCUGUGGUCGAGUCGGGAAAUCCAGUGACUCGCACGUCGACGAAAGAACGAACGCGAUUUGUGUUAUUCGCAUGUUAACGAUCGAUCACGGGGGUCGAUCGGACACCGUGACUCUGUCCAAUCGUACGGUGAAGAUAUCGAUAGUGAGUCAAGUCGAUUGCAAUGGUGUUGCACGAAGUGAUGACCUUCUGCUUGGCCGAAUUCAAAAUUCGAAGAAGCUCAACACCUUUGUGUCACCCCCUGCUGUCGACGCAUACGCACAGAAGACUGAGGUGUACUAUUCCGCACUCCAAACAACAUAUCGCUUAUCCACCAUAAGUGGAAGAAGGUGAUGGCCCGUACCACGCGCUCGCGACGAAAAAUGGCGAAUACGACUGAUGCCCCCUCGCCUGCGAGCAGCCUUUUGUCGUCCACAACGACGACCCCGUUCACCAGCCCGACAUCGACAACCUACUCCACCGAGGGCUAUACCUUCAAUUACAGCGGCUUGUCCAGUCUAGGUGGCUACUCGUUGGAGGACUUGAAUUACACGGAACUAUGGGUGGACGUAUGGAACAGCACCGAGGCUAGUAACGUGACCGAGAGGUUAAAUGCCACUGUACUGUCAUCAGGAGGAGGCUACUGCGAUGAAUGGGAGGCGGCACAGCAUAAACUCUUUCAGGCGGCGAAUCUGUUCUUCGCGGCGGCGUUCCUAGUGCCACGUUCUUUCAAAGCCUCGGUUCUGGCUCUUCGCACGUUUCUCACGGCCGGCUUCAUGUUGGCCGCCCUAUGGGCUGGCAUCACCAUAUGUGCACUGGACGCCAUGCUAUGGUGCCUGGCCCUUGGCCUUCUGAACGGUAUUCACUCGCUCAUACUCGCCUGUCGAUUUCUACCGCCUGCUCUCAGCCCGGAGCUGGCUGAGCUCUAUCUGAAACUCUUCAAGCCCUACAAGGUCAGCAAGAAGCACUUCCAGGAACUGGCCAAGGAGGCGAGGAUAUUGAAGCUGGAUUCUGGUCAGACGUACGCGACGGAAGGCGUCACGCCCGCCGACGAACGAUUAUCGAUACUCUUGCGUGGCAAGCUGAAGGUGACAUGCGACGGGACGCAUUUGCACCACAUCAAAGCUUAUCAGUUCGUCGACUCGCCUGAAUGGGAGGCCACGCACGAGAACAUCGACGACGUCUUCCAGGUGACGAUCCGCGCCGAGGAGUCGAGCACGUACAUCUGUUGGACGAGGCUGAAGUUGCUCAGGGUACUCAGGCAUAGGCCGCUACUGAAGGUCGUCCUCAACACCCUCAUCGGUAAGGACAUUACGUCCAAGUUGUACGCCCUUAACGAGCAGCUCGCUGGUGUCGCCGCGGCCAGUGAGACAACCACGUCGAAUCCUUACAGGGGCGUCGCGAGAAGUCUUAGCGUCGACGCUGUAAACACUGAAACUGCCGGAAGAGUACGCUCAACGACGUGGAAGGCACAAAGGAGGCAUAGUAACCCGCGCAGCGACAGGAGUUCACCGUCACGGUACUCGCACCAGUACUGGGCGCCCGUGGUGGCAAAUCAUUUCCCGCCGACUUCGCCGUUCACCCAGGGUCAGAACCUCGGGUAUUCGUUACUGCCUCAGGGUGUUCAGUUUUCACCACCACCACGUGCACCCCUCCUGUCGCAUCAGCCGUUGACACGGCAGCGUAGCGGCGAUUACACCCUGCUACCUCAGACACCGAAGCUCGAGAGGAAACGCUCGAAAAAGGGGACAAGGGAGGUGACAUUUGAAACACCAGUAUGACGGUCGCUUGACGGGGAAGGCCCUGCUAGCGUGCCCCUACUCUCUCUAUCGCCGCAGCGUUCCGCCUAGCCCCGUCGUGAAUUGAUGAAAUUAAAGCAGCUUCCAAGAUUCGUGCUGUGAAUCCCGUCGCCGCGUGGUCCGGCUCCUAAUCACACGGCCUAUCAUCCCAUCGGAGAGUGUCGUGCCCGCGUGGUCGCGUGACACCAGGACAAACACGGACGACAAUCGAAAACACUCGGGCACGAGUGUCAGUGGUCUGCGAGAAGCUCGACACGAUCGUGAAAAAAAAAAUUAGCACCGUGUCGAACGCUCGUAUUCGAAUGAAUAACGCGCGACGAAUCAAGACCAUCUUUCAUAUCCCGCAAGUGCUACGCCUUACGAACACGUUAUACCACACGCAGAGCCACGUAACACGUGCACGUACCUAAAAAUUAACCAGAGCCGUGUGUUCGCGAUCGAUCGUAGUGAAUGGAGGGUGUAUGGUGUCCCCGAGUCGUGUGUCCUGGUACACGUAUGCUCUUCAUCUUCUUCCUCUUUGUUUCUUCGAGAACGGCGGAGCGAAGAUUCGUUAAGGAGUUUCAGACAACUACUUUUCAAAGUCUGAGGAAGAAAGGGAAGGGUAAACUGGAACGAAGUCUCUUGGCCGGCUGAUGAAAGUCGAAGGAAGUCGAAGAAGGAAAACUGUUCGUAACUGGAAUUAAAAGCUUCAGCGUUGGAACGAGGAACAUCCGGUCGUGCCUGAACAAGACAGACAGCGAAAGAAUAAAAUAAAGGGGAAGAACGGAGAGGGUUGUUUUAUAUGCACAUUCAGAAAAGUCGACGAAAUGGCUCUUCCGUAAUCGUUCAAUCAUCUUUUUCUCCUGUUCGAUCGUCGCGACUCGAGUUGUCCAAAAUCCUUCUCCUUUAAUUGCACUUGUGAAUUCGUUCUCACGUUUGCUAGUGAUUUUCGAUUAAGGUCGAAGCUGUGUCAGAACGACAGGCAAAACAUGUUCUAAUUUUUUAAACGGUGAAUCAAGUGCAUACUCUUAAGGAAUGAUUUAAACUGUCUUUUAAAUUCUUAUUUUAUUCGAUAAUCGUUGUGUGCAGUUUCUCUAAAGAAAAUGGCGUGAAAAAGACUCAUCACUUGGGUUUUUAUUACUGAUAUCUUUUAAUUAUACUAAAAUUGUCGUUUUUAUAUUUCCCUGCGCUGGGGGCUCUAUGAGGCAAGAAUUUACAAAUGGUUAACAUUACACGUGUCUUCCCAAACUUAUAAUAGGAGUUCACUAAAAAAGUGAAUAAUAUGUAUAAGUAAGAAAGGCCCUCUACGGAAGAUUUAUCUGAAAAAUAUCGAAAUUUUACUACGUAAUGUGUAAUAAUUUAGCGUAUUAAACAAUGAAUUUUACAUCGCCAUUUUCCUUAGAAAAGUUUACCUGCACCUUCGUAAAUUGACUGUGAUUUUAACGGAUAUAAUUAUUAAACCUUUCAAAAGGAACGCUGGACAAACGAUGCAAAAAGUGACCUAACGUAAAGAAUAUUCUGAACAGCCUCGAGGUCGGGAAAUUCAAACGAAAAGUUCAUUGAAUUAAUCGUAAAUCGACGAGUUUAAAAUACAGGCAAAGAAUUGUAGUAUUACAGAUGUCCCCAAAUUAUUGCAACGUCGAUCAAGAAUUCAUAACAAACAUGACUCGUUCUCAAUCAAAUAAUCGAUACAUUAAAAUUAUUACAAUUCACUUCGUGCAGAAAAAUUUCACUUGCUUAAUAAAUAACACGAGUAAAGAUAUUAAUUCGCUGAAUCGUAUCGUAAAUCACGUCAUCCGCUGACCUUAAUAUCGAAUAAUGAUUAAUCAUUGUCUUCCAUUUGUCCUUCUAUUCUCCGACUUAAGUUUCUGAAUCCUUUCGCCCUCUAUUUAUUCCGAGUAUCAUAAAUCAACGCAU